AUGUUAAACUAUACAAAAUGUAUUAGAGGAUUAAAUAAAUUAAAAAAUCAAAAACUGUUUUCAACUUCGUCCAAAUUAAAUUUUAAUUUUGAAAAUAAAGAGAAAUUUAAUAGUAAUAGUAAUAGUAAUAAUAAUAAUAAUAAUAAUAAUAAUAAAGGGUUUACAAUUGAAAAUGAAGAAUUAAAAUCAAAUAAAAAAGAAAAUUUCAAUAAUAGAAAUUUAAUAUUACUUAGUUUUUCAAUUAGUGGAUUAUUUGGAUUUAAUAAAAAAGAAGAAAAAAAUCCAUAUGAACAUUUGGUUACAAGAGAAAAAGGUAAACCAAUCGAAACAUUAGAUGAUGCAUUGGAAUGGUAUACAAGUUAUUAUUUACAACCAGAACCAGAACAAUUUAUUGCAGCAAUGAAGUUAUUAUUAGGAUCACAAUCAAAGUUAUUCGUUAGACAACAACUUAACAAUAUUAAAGAAGAAAACGAAAUGAGAUCCAUUGCAAGAAUUUCAACUAUUCAAUCAUUCUAUUAUUUACCAUUGGUUGGCUUCAUGAUUGAAAUGUUUAAACAAAAUCCUCAAAACGUUGAAAAAUGGUAUAAAGAAUUAACAAGCGAUAAAGAUAUUUCAACACCAUGGAAAAGUGCUUUGGGCGAUUUAGAUGCUAUUAUGUUAAUUAAUCUUGCAAUUUCACUCACUGAUAUCCCACAGACUCAAGCAAUCGAACAAAGAAUAGUUUCCCAAUUCUAUACACCAAAAGAUAAAGAAGAGGAUAAAAAAUUCAAAUUAACACAGUUUAAAAAUUGGGCUGCUUCUCAAAAGAAAUCAACACAAUCUUUACCUUUAAUUUUAAUUGGUGAAUAUUUCGCUUCUGGCAAAGAAGAUACCAUCAAAAAAAUAGUUUCCAUUUGGAGAAAUGCUUUAGAUAAUCUCGAAGUUAUGGGGUUACAAAGUACUCCUGGUGCAAAUACUACAAAUAAUGUUGCUAAACGUUUAGAGUUUGAAAAUAGAGAAUUAAUUAUCGAUCAAUUAAGUCAAGCAAUUCGUUUGUUGGUAAAGGACAAACGUGCCAUAGAGGUUUUAAAGUCUGAAAUCUCCCAUCAAAUUAAACAAAAAGAAGAAAGAAUUAAACAAUAUAAAUAA